AGUAUUGAAGUACGAAAAUGAGUGUUCAUUGUGCUGCAAUAUCCUUGCUUUCCCUCUCACUCAAAGCUUCCAUCUGCUCCAUCAAUGAAACCGCCAAUAAGCGUAAGUUUCAGACACGGUUCAACUCGGGCGCGCCAAGCAAACUCAGCGCCGAGUUUCUCUCCCAUGACUCACCGGAACCCACCAACAAACCAUGCUUUUGUGGAAGAAGACACUUCAUUGAAGCUACAACAUUGGGAACUACCUUGUUUCCUGUUCAACCUUCCGUAGCCACCGGCCCAUAUUCUGAUUACACGGCUUUACUUAAAAAGUUUCACCCACCAAGACCUGAUUGGUACGAGGAGUUCUAUGCUGGGGUUAUGAAUUCGGCUACCGAGUCUUACGAAGCUGAGGUGUUUUGUACAUUCUUCAUUUUUACGGGGGUUGUUUGGAGUUUUAUUUAUAUAAUUUUGUUUUGGGCGGUGCUAUGUUUUUGUUGUUGUUAUUGCACUGAGUUUAAGUUUGAGGCGAUUGCUUGUAAGGUUGCAACGUACAAGUCUCAAAUCUUCAGUAACUUGAAGGGGAAGGGUCUAAGAAUCUUGGAGAUUGGCAUUGGAACUGGUCCCAACCUCAGUUAUUAUGCUAGUGGUUCUGAUGUAGAGGUCGUUGGCAUUGAUCCAAACCCAAAGAUGGAAAAGUAUGCUCGAUCCUCUGCUUCGUCAGCUGGACUGCCUCCUUCAAAUUUUGAGUUCAUACAAGCUGUCGGUGAGGCCAUACCAUUAAGUGAUGCUUCUGUUGAUGCAGUUGUUGGAACACUGGUAUUGUGUUCUGUUAAAGAUGUUGAUAUGACACUGAAAGAAGUAAUGAGGGUGCUGCGACCUGGUGGACUUUAUGUGUUUGUAGAACAUGUGGCUGCAAAAGAUGGAACUUUUCUCAAAUUUAUACAGAGAGUUCUUGAUCCUCUGCAACGGACACUUGCAGAUGGGUGUCACCUUUCUAGGGAAACCGGAAACAAUAUAUCCAGGGCCGGAUUUUCAGAUGUUGAGCUUAACAUGGCAUUCUUGUCUAGUGCUACAUUUAUAAACCCCCAUGCAUAUGGAGUAGCUUACAAGUAGUAUCAAUCAAAGCGUGUCUUUGAACCUCUUAGCCUACCAUCAUCUUCAUAGCUUGGAAAAUAUAUUAGCCAUAUUCAGGUUCUUCACUAGAGUUGCAGGUUUCAACACAGAAGUCUUGUGACUAAAUGUGACAAAAGUCUUGUGACUAACUGAGAAGCUUCGCUGUGUAGAAUCUAUCUACACACAUGUGUGUCCUUACAAAAUCAGUGUUAGUUCAACAUGCAUUGAUCAUGUGUAUUGCAAAAAUGGUUGAGUUGGAGGCUAUGUAUGCUUUGAUCAUCAUGUAAAGUGCCCCUCUUUAUAUUCUCGAAGCUUACAUUGAAACAGGUAACUUCUUAAAAUUUGAAUUUUGUUUCUAACUUAAUUCAAAAAACUGUUCCU